UUUUUAAAAAGGCUAAAGAGGUAAUGAGGAAAAAAAAACAAAGAGAGAUGCCUCCUACUGGAGGCUCUCAGACUGGCUUCUCUGAAAAUGGGGAGAUGGAAUCAGACUCUGGUUUAGCAAAUUCCCCAGAGGGCUCUCUAGACAGGCCCCAUUCUACUUCCAAUGACCCUCAUGGAGGCUUCUCAGAGUUUGACUCCCAAAUAGCAUCUGAUGUAGAAGAUCCCUCUAAUGAUCCCAUAGAGGAACCCCCAAGUAACCCCGAAAAUGCAGAGGUGUAUAUGGAAAGAGUGAGAAGUUGGCAACAUGAAUUACCUAGAUUUGGGGGGUCAGUAUAUUGUGAGGAAUUUCGUUUUGUCAAUCUUGAGCAAAUAAAUUCAGCUCAGCAGGUUGUUGAAGCCAUACACCAAGGAAUACAGUUGGUGCUCGAUGAUGUUAAUGGUAGGGUAGGCCCUGAUGAUUACGUUCAGUUACGUUUAGAGAGCCGUAAUUUAGCUAACCCUUUGUUUUCAGUCAGAAGAACUAGGGAUGAGCUAUCUGCUGAGGAUUUCUUAAAUCAGACCUCAAAGCUGCUACAGAGCAAUAGAGAGUUGCAUCUCGAUGGGACAUUGCGCCUUGUUGUGACAGUUGUGAAAAACAGGGGUGGGGGUGCUCGUAGAGUUUUAAAUUCUAUCCUUAGUAGUCAAAUUAUUCAUAAAAAAAGACAGUGUUUGGUAGACCUGACUUACACCGGUACCAAUCUGUGUUUUGCUGGUGGCCUUUUGGCCGUCAUGUCCGAUCGUAAACCUACGGACACGGAAUUGUUAGCGGAGGCGAGAAAGUUGCAUGAGAAACUGGGGUGGUCAGAUCAAAAAAAGAUUCUGGUCAGUGACGUAGCAAAGUUUGAACAGCAUUUAGGAGUGAACAUACACGUGGUGCUUUAUACGGAAAAAGGUGGCUGGGGCUUUUUUAAAACAGGAGGCCUCACGUACCCCAAGACUUAUUUCAUCCUGUUGCACGAUGAGCAUUACUAUGGAGUUCUGGAUGUGAAAAAGUUGUUUGGAGCGAAAAAUUAUUGUGAGUUUUGCCACACGGUGUACAGCCACGACCACUCUUGUAGGUAUCGUUGCCGCCUCUGCUUGAGUGUAACGUGCUCAGACAGCGUGGGCGUGCAGCUGCGGUGUCCUAGCUGUAGACUGUAUUGUCGAUCCAAAGAAUGUUUAGACAGACAUAUCGACUGUGCAUCAAAAAACCAAGUUGAAUGCCUGUCUAAAACUUUGUGUGAUAAGUGUCAGUCUUACGUGAACAAGCGGCAUAAGUGUAAAGGGAGGCGAUGUAAGCAGUGUCAGGGUUUGAUUGUUGGUGAUGUAGACAGUCACUUUUGUUUUAUGGAUAGCCUUAGAAAGCCUGAAUCCUCAGAAAAGUAUAUUUUUUAUGAUUUUGAAUGCAUGCAGGAGACUGGGUUGCACACUCCCAAUUACAUUUUUGCUAUGUCCUUAAAUCCAGAAAAAUCCUGGGAAUUUAAGGGCGAUGAGUGUCUGUCUGUCUUUGUUAAGACCUUUAUCGGCAAAGAGUUUCGCGACUAUACGUUCCUAGCGCACAAUUCCAAAGGUUAUGAUGCGUACUUCAUCGUUAGGCAGUUACUGAAGGAAAAGAUGUGCAUAGAACUGAUCACUCAGGGUAGUAAACUAAUGUGUGUGGAAGUGAAGGCCCUGGGGAUUCGUUUUAUAGACUCUUUAAACUUCUUGCCCAUGAAGCUUAGCAAGCUACCGCAGGCAUUGGGAUUUGAAGGGUGCAAAGGUUAUUUUCCACAUUUUUUUAACACUGUAAAAAAUCAAAAUUAUGUGGGACCUAUGCCCAGUGUGGCACACUAUGGUGUAGAAAGCAUGAUGCCCAGGGAGAAAACAGAGUUUCUCGACUGGUAUCAGGACCACAGUUCUGAGGUGUUUGACUUGCAGAAAGAGCUCGCGUAUUACUGUCAGCAGGAUGUCAAAAUUUUGAGACAGGCUUGUAUUCUAUACAGAAAAGAGAUCAUGAAAAUGACGGAGAAGGGAGAUGUAGUAGAGAAAGAACCUGGUAAAUUCACCGAAGUAAAACUGUGCAUAGAUCCAUUCCAGUACAUAACACUGGCAUCUGUUUGCAUGGCUAUGUACAGGUUUAUGUUUUUGGAGCCUAACACAGUAGCUCUUCUGCCUCCAGACAACUAUCACAGGCAGAAAAAAAGAUAUUCAACCCCAUCUAUUCAGUGGCUGUUGUAUAUCUCUUACAAAGAAAAUAUACAAAUACGGCAUGCUUUACAGGGUGGGGAACUACAGGUAGGACCCUACUUUUUAGACGGUUAUCCCGAUGUUGAUGGGCUACGCACAGCCUUUGAGUUUAAUGGAUGUUUUUUCCACGGCUGUGUCACCUGUUAUUGUGAAAAAGCACAAAAUCCUAUGACGGGGACAUCUUUUGGGUUUCUUUAUUACAAGACGCAGCUCAAGGCUGACUAUCUGAAACGACUUGGUUUUGUAGUGAGGACUCUUUGGGAGCACGAGUGGGAGGUGAUGAAAGAAACAGACAGGGAGUUGGCAGACUUUUUAAACCGAGCCCAGUUACCCCAGCCUCUUGUGCCUAGAGAUGCUCUUUUUGGGGGGAGAACAAACGCUAUCCGCCUGUAUUACAAGCCUAACCCCGGGGAAGAAAUCCACUAUUAUGAUUUUACCAGCCUGUACCCUUUCGUAAACAAAACCAAAGAAUACCCUAUCGGACACCCCGAUAUACUUUAUGACAAAUUUGGACCCCUGGCAAAUUAUUUUGGAAUUGCAAAAGUUAAAGUUUACCCCCCACGAGGCCUGUUUUUCCCAUUGCUACCCGUCAGAGUGGGUGGCAAGCUUAUGUUCCCGCUAUGCCAAACCUGUGCGGAAACCGAGCAGCAGGAGACAUGCACCCAUACUGACGAGGAGCGGGCCAUCCUGGGGACUUGGUGCACGGUGGAAUUGAACGCGGCUAUAGCGAAGGGGUACGUGGUGGCUAAAAUCUAUGAAAUCUGGCAUUUUAAUGAAAAAUCUAAUAAACUCUUUUCAGAGUACAUAAAAUUACACCUCCGCCAGAAACAAGAGGCUUCAGGGUAUCCCAGUUGGUGCACCAACGAGGAAAAACAAAAUAAGUACGUUAGCGAUUUCUGCCAGAAAGAAGGCGUGCGUUUACGCCAACAUGAGAUCAGAUCAAACCCUGCUAAACGCCAAAUCGCUAAACUGUUUUUAAAUUCUCUGUGGGGUAAAUUCGGCCAAAGAACCAACCUACCCAACACCAGCAUCGUGAGAGACCCUGACGAACUCUUGCAGUACCUAUUUCCCCCAAUUACAAGGUUUCAUCCUGCGAGUUUAUCGAUGAUGAAACAGCGUGCGUGUCUUGGAAGCAUGCAAAAGAACGGUACUCUGUCUCUGGCAAUACCAAUGUUGUCAUAG